GGUCGUGUUUGACUCGACGGAUGAGGCACAACCAUGGUCGACUCGAUGACAGGGCACGAUCGUGUUCGACUCGACGACAAGGCACGACCGUGUUGGACUCGACGACAGUGCGCGAUCGUGUUUGACUUGACGAUCAUGUCGGGUGUCCGACUCAACUCGACGAGGCACGACCGUGGUCGACUCGACGACAGGGCACGAUCGUAUUCGACUCGACGACAGGGCAUGAUCGUGUUGAACUCAACGAUCGUGUCGGGCGCGACUGUAGUGUCGGACUCAACGACGAUCGUGUUGGGCGUGACGAUCAUGUCGGACCCGACGAUCGUCCUCAACUCGACGACCGUGUCAUUCCUCAACGAUCGUGUCGGACUCGACGAUCGUGUUCGACUCGACGAGGCACGACCGUGGUCGACUCGACGACAGGGCACGAUCGUGUUCGACUCGACGACAGGGCACAACCGUGUUGGACUCAACGACAGGGCACGAUCGUGUUCGACUCGACGACAGGGCACGAUCGUGUUCGACUUAACGACAGGGCACCACCGUGUUGGACUCGACGAAAGUGCACGAUCGUGGCAUGAUCGUGUUGAACUCGACGAUCGUGUCGUACUCGACUAUCGUGUCGGACUCGACGAUCAUGUCGGACUCGACGAUCGUGUUCGUCUCGACGAGGCACGACUGUGGUCGACUCGACGACAGGGCACAAUCGUGUUCGACUCGACGACAGGGCACGGUCGUGCACAACAGGGCAGGAUCGUGUCGGAGUCGAUGAUCGUGUCGGACAUCGGCGAUCGUGUUGGACUCGACAACAGGGCACGAUCGUGUUGGACUCGACAGCAGGGCACGAUCGUGUUGGACUCGACGAUCGUGUCGGACUCGACGGUGGUGUUCGGCACAACAAUUCGCUCGGUCGUCGAGUUGGAUUCGACGACCGGCCAGAUCGCCGUGUCCGAGACGACUGCUGCUCCGGUCCGUUACACGAUCUUCGAGGUGUUCGUUGUCGUGUGCAACACGAUCGUCGUCGUGUCGAGCACGCCCGCCGUCGUGUCGCGCAAGACCGCCGAGGUGUCGGGCAGGAUCAUCACCGUGUCGAGCACGAUUGUCAUCGUGUCGGACACGAUCGUCGAGGUGUUCGACACGAUCGUCGUCGUGUCCAACACUGUCGUCGUCGUGUCGGGCACGGCGACGCUCGUGUUGAACACGACAACGCUCGUGUCGAACACGGUCGUCGUCGUGUCUGUCGGACACGACAACGCUCGUGUCGGACACGAGGAUCGAACACGAUCGUCCUCGUGUCCGACACGAUCGUCGUCCUGUCUGACGACCGUGUCGGACUCGACGACGCUUGUGUCGAACACAGUCGUCGUCGUGUCCGACACGAUCGUCGUCCUGUCUGACGAGGUCGUCGUCCUUUCGGACACGAUCGUCGUCGACACUGUCAUCGUCGAGUCCAACACGGUUGUCGACGUGUCCAACACGAGCGUCGUCGUGUCCAACACGACGGUCGUCGUGUCCAGCACGCACGCUGCGGGUUCCGAGAAGAAACAACCGUCGUCGCAGACGCGAUCCCCGAGUGGGGUCGAGCACAGCACAGCGUCCGUUUUCGACACGACAGAGCCGUGGAAGAAAGCACCAUGGUUGUGUUCGCCUCGACAGCGGCUUUGCGACUUCCGCGUUCCAGGAAAGAAAAACACUGCUUCGUGUUCGACACGACAAUGGACGCUACGGGCUAACUGUUGUUGGCGCAGAGCACAGCGUGUGCCGUUUUCGGCACGGGCUGCGCUGUCUGCGGACUGUUUACUGUCAUGUUCGACAACACGAGACAGCGGACAACCGAUGCCAUCGUGGAAGAAACGAGCGUCGGUACAACCUCGGGAGAUACGACCUACCCCCCCGUUGAUACAGGUGUCACGUCCUACAGCAGAAACAACCGUCGAACACGACCAUCUUCUACAUUACCGUGUCGUCGUCGUGUCGUGUGUCGUCGCUGAAGUUCCUGGAACAACAUCGGUUCUGUGUUCUGCAAACCGAGAUCGUUCUUAAUGUUUCCUAUUAAUGCUCUCAUGUCAUGCUGUGUUUUGCGCGUCAGGAUCUCCGCCUUUCCGAUGUUGGUACCCGCUGUGUUUUGUGCG